UCCGCCGACUCUCCCUACCGCGCCGAUGAGGGGGUUCUUGACGAAAGACGUAGACGAAUUCUGCAUUAUUAUUACAUUUACAGCACUCGACCGUAGUUUGAAUUCGGCCUCAUCGCAACAACAGCUCAGUUCAACAUGGCAACAAUCAUAAAAAUAAUAACAGGUGCCGAACACAGGCCUAACUCGAUGUACGUGAUGAAGUGCAUACCGGUAACAAAUAAUCUCCAAAUCGCACCAGUAUUUAUGAACCACGAGGCUGUGUCUAGGUUCAAAGUUGGCUUCUUCUACAGACUUAUCGGACAUACCACUUUCAAGAUGGCAAAUGAUGAGAUGGCAAUUCAAAUCAGUGCAAGGACUCAGAACUUUCAAUGGCAACCAUUUGACAUUCCACCUGAAGUUGAAGAAGGAUUUUUCCAUGCAUUUGUUCUCUCUGUUGAAGAGGUACUGAAGCUACCACCACACACAAGAACUUCCAUUCAAGGAACACUGACUUAUGUCUCAACAGUUAAAGAAGCUACAACGUGGAAGAAAAGGACACUGCGUCUCUCAGACCCAUCAUCUCAUAGGGAAGUAGUCAAUUUGUGGAAUAUGUUGACAUCAAAGCCUUUGCCUCAUUUAAACUUAGGAGUGGUGGUUUGUAAUGUAGUAACCACCAUGCACCAAGGACAGGUGUCAUGUAAUACUACACCAGAGACAGAUAUCAAGGAGCAAAUAAUAACAAAAGAAAUCCAAAUCACUGGCUACUGUGAGGAAAGAUUCAAUGUACUAAUUAUCUCCGAAGCUGAUGAAGAAUUCUGUGUGACGAAACAAAUGCUCCUCGACCUCGCAAAUGUUGCAUCCUUGGAGGACUUCCAACUAAAACUGCCAGUACGUGCUCUAAUAUCAUACAACACAGAGAAAAUCAUCAUGAGUAUGCAAUAGUACAUGAUCAGUGACAAAUUAAAUCAAGCAACCAACAGACUACAAGUGACAACACCUCACCCUUGACAGCAGAAGAAAUGCUGAAGACACAAGAGUAACCAUGAAGGCCGACGCCAAAAACGACGGGACAAAUCAGCAACACAAGACCAAUCAAAAGUGAUCAAUGCAACUCCACCAAAAUCACCUUGACUUACAAGUUGAACCAAAAGUCCAAAUUUUUUCAAUUAUGUAACUACAAUUUUAACAAAUUUUUCCCUUAUUUCUUAAAUAUCAACACAAAAAUGUUUAAUCCCAACACAAAAAAGUUUUGAAAUAUUGAUUUGUUUUAAUUACAUCUUUAGCUUUUGUUCUAACAUAUUUAAACUGUUUCACCUUUAUUUACUCUUUUGUUAAGCACACUGUGUGCAUCUCUAUAUUAUAUGAUAAAAAAUCAACUUUAACUUUAAUCAUACCAACACAUAAUUAUAGAGCAAUUGAUAAUUCAGCACCACCAAAACAAUUAAUCACCAAUAGGCACGCCCCUCCUGACAUCUUUAAUACACAAGACAAUGCAAGUGAGCAUGGCAGUAAUCUGGAGAAGAACCAAAACAAAUGAAUCAGUCCCCUCAUAUUCAUUGUUUUCUAUGAACAACCUUAACCCCUUGAUGCCGGGUUUUAGCGCCUCACUGAUGGGCAUAUAUGCACAGUAGCGGCACUGCAGCUGCCUAGCAUUUGUCCACAGACAGCUACCACGGCAUACUGGGCCGCAGCUAUAGCCGUCAGCCGGGGGGGUUUGUUUUUGUUUAGUCCCAUGAUUUGGCCUUGGUGAUAUGAAUGUGGCCUGUUUUCGAGUAGUAUAAAAGGGGUGUAAAUGGCACCACCAACGUCAAAAUAGGCCGCCCCUAAAAAAAAAAAAUGCGGCCAAAAAUGUUGGGCAAAAUUGUUUGAAAAAAAUUCUACGUUUAACAAAUUUGUAAAAUAAUUUUUUUGAGCCCCCCCCCCCAAGGCAUUUGACGAUAGUGUCUGCCUAAACUCCAUGGGCUGCGCCGAAUGCCUUGACCAAGGCUAGUAAAACUAAUAAAUGCUAUCGUCCAACGUCUUGACCAAGGCUGGUAAAACUAGUAAGUUCUAUUGUCUAACAUCUUGACCAUGGCUGGUAAAACUAGUAAGUUCUGUCGUCCAAUGUCUUGACCAAGGCUGGUAAAACUAGUAAGUUCUAUCAUCCAACGUCUUGACCAAGGCUGGUAAAACUAGUAAGUUGUAUCAUCCAGUGCCUUGACCAAGGCUGGUAAAACUAGUAAGUUCUGUCGUCCAACAUGGCUGGUAAAACUAGUAAGCUCUAUCAUCCACUGCCUUGACCAAGGCUGGUAAAACUAGUUAGUUGUAUCGGCCAACAUCUUGACCAAGGCUGGUAAAACUAAUAAGUUCUAUUGUCUAACAUCUUGACCAUGGCUGGUAAAACUAGUAAGUUCUGUCGUCCAACAUGGCUGGUAGAACUAGUAAGUUCUAUCAUCCACUGCCUUGACCAAGGCUGGCAAAACUAGUUAGUUGUAUCUGCCAACGUCUUGACCAAGGCUGGUAAAACUAAUAAGUUCUAUUGUCUAACAUCUUGACCAUGGCUGGUAAAACUAGUAAGUUCUGUCGUCCAAUGUCUUGACCAAGGCUGGUAAAACUAGUAAGUUGUAUCGUCUAACAUCUUGACCAAGGCUGGUAAAACUAGUAAGAUCUAUCAUCCACUGCCUUGACCAAGGCUGGUAAAACUAGUAAGUUGUAUCGUCCAACAUCUUGACCAAGGCUGGUAAAACUAAUAAGUUCUAUCGUCUAGCAUCUUGACCAAGGCUGGUAAAACUAGUAAGCUCUGUCGUCCACAUGGCUGGUAAAACUAGUAAGUUAUAUCAUCCACUGCCUUGACCAAGGCUGGUAAAACUAGUAAGUUCUAUCGUCCAACGUCUUGACCAAGGCUGGUAAAACUAGUAAGUUCUGUCGUCCACAUGGCUGGUAAAACUAGUAAGUUCUAUCAUCCACUGCCUUGACCAAGGCUGGUAAAACUAGUAAGUUGUAUCGUCCAACAUCUUGACCAAGGCUGGUAAAACUAAUAAGUUCUAUCGUCUAGCAUCUUGACCAAGGCUGGUAAAACUAGUAAGUUCUAUCAUCCAGUGUCUUGACCAAGGCUGGUAAAACUAGUAAGUUCUAUCAUCCAACAUCUUGACCAAGGCUCGUAAAACUAGUAAGAUAUAUCGUCCAACGUCUUGACCAAGGCUGGUAAAACUAGUAAGUUCUAUCAUCCAACGUCUGGACCAAGGCUGGUAAAACUAAGGAGUUGUAUCCUUCAAUGUCUUGACCAAGGCUGGUAAAACUAGUAAGUUGUAUCAUCCAGUGCCUUGACCAAGGCUGGUAAAACUAGUAAGCUCUGUCGUCGAACAUGGCUGGUAAAACUAGUAAGUUGUAUCAUCCACUGCCUUGACCAAGGCUGGUAAAACUAGACUCAGUAAGUUGUAUCGUCCAACGUCUUGACCAAGGCUGGUUAAACUAAUAAGUUCUAUCGUUUAACAUCUUGACCAUGGCUGGUAAAACUAGUAAGCUCUGUCGUCCAAUGUCUUGACCAAGGCUGGUAAAACUAAGAAGUUAUAUCCUUCAGUGUCUUGACCAAGGCUGGUAGAAUUAGUAAGUUGUAUCAUCCAGUGUCUUGACCAAGGCUGGUAAAACUAGUAAGCUCUGUCGUCGAACAUGGCUGGUAAAACUAGUAAGUUCUAUCAUCCACUGCCUUGACCAAGGCUGGUAAAACUAGUAAGUUCUAUCGUCUAACAUCUUGACCAUGGCUGGUAAAACUAGUAAGUUCUGUCCAAUGUCUUGACCAAGGCUGGUAAAACUAGUAAGUUCUAUCGUCCAACGUCUUGACCAAGGCUGGUAAAACUAGUAAGUUCUGUCGUCCACAUGGCUGGUAAAACUAGUAAGUUCUAUCAUCCACUGCCUUGACCAAGGCUGGUAAAAAUGGUAAGUUGUAUUGUCCAACAUCUUGACCAAGGCAACUAAUAAGUUGUAUCUGUAUCGUCUAACAUCUUGACCAAGGCUGGUAAAACUAGUAAGUUCUAUCAUCCAGUGUCUUGACCAAGGCUGGUAAAACUGGUAAGUUCUAUCAUCCAACAUCUUGACCAAGGCUGGUAAAACUAGUAAGUUCUAUCGUCCAACGUCUUGACCAAGGCUGGUAAAACUGUAAAAUUGUUUGCAAAUUGGAGGAUUCAAGACUGUAAGGGUUAAUUUAGUUAUUCAGCUUUCUUUAAUUUAAUAAGGACACCACCAAAUUGUCGAGUUUAUUUAAUUUAAAAAAAUCUAAUAAAAAAAUUACUGUUGACAGGAACAACAAAUUGUGUUUACUGUUCAGUAUUAUCCCAAGAACAACUACACAACCAGUGUCAAAUGUGAAGUAUGCGCUCAUUAUGUUACACCCUCUAUUUUUAUCUGUUCUUUAUUUAUUCUUAUUCUUUUAAAUGCAUCUGUUUUACAUCUUUAUUUUUGCCAAAUUUCUUGUCUUAAUAAAGUAUGUUUUGUGUAAGAUUGUGUCUAAUA